AUGAGACACUAUAAAUCGGAUCCUGAUAUUAGUAUCUCGAAUGGCACCUGCUACUAUGCCGUCAAUACGGAAGCGAAGGACGACUACAUCCCUUGCGGUAACGUCGGCGUCGGCGUAGAUUGGACCUGCUGUAUCGCGGGAGAUAUCUGUCUAGGUAGUUCAGCAUGUUACCAUCGCCAUUUUGACAUCACAUACAUAGCCGGCUGCACCGACCCGGACUACAAGGAUUCCUCAUGUCCCUCCAAGGGUGGAUUCGACAAGCAGCAAUGGGUAGGGUUAGAGAACUGCAAGUACGAUACGAACAUAUGGGCCGGAUGUCAGGAGCUAGGUGACUUGCCAGGUUUUCACCCUCCCACCCCAUGCACAUGUUCCAAAGAAGUCGAGGUCCUCACCGACAAGCCGGUACUCGACAACAUCGCGCAGCUCCCCACGGGCCUAGGCGGAUCGAUCUCAUGGUACACUGGGAUGAAACCGGUUGUAACGACUGAUACACCAGUCAAGACAGACACAGCGACUAAAACGGUGACUUCGUCGUCCUCGAACAAACCAUCUAGCGCAGGAAAUCCUGUGACCGAUCCGAAUGCGCCACUAGCCUCGACAAUUUUCUGGAACCCCUCGCAGUCAACAAGUCCUCCAGCCCAAGUAAGCACGACACCAUCUACCGUCGUCCCUCCCUCCAACCAACCCGACCUAUCGUCAAGCACCCCCACAGGCACGAACCUAUCCACCGCAGCGCAAGCCGGCAUCGGCAUCGGCGCGGGCCUCGGUGCCAUAAUCCUCGGGGGGUUACUAUACCUCAUAUUCUUCCUGCGCAAGCGCCAGGGCAUCCUCCGCGACAACGCGCGCGCUCAAUCCGAUCUGCCCACCGACCCCACCGACCCAAGCAGUUCAGCAUGCACAGAACUAGCCGCCGACGAGCUCAAGCGAGCAAGCGAACUGCCCGGCUCGCCCGCGGCUUCGGAGCUCCCGUCGCCGAUGUCGCCGCAGCGCUCGUUCCGCGCGUACAACCCGCAUCUGCACGGUAACUACGCGCAGAAGUCGCCGGGAAGCCAGACCAGGAUCGACGAGGAGAAGACCGAGGACCCGCUGGUUUCGCCGCUGAGCCCGACCGCUCCGAGCAGCAUGAAGGCCGAGAAGGGAAGUCCUAACGAUAACGAGAAUGAUGACGCCAAGAAGGAUCCCGUGACUACAGGGCCUGUUUACGAGCUAGAAGGUUAA